AUGUGGAAAGUUGACUUCAAUCAAGUAUCCUCUCCUAGUGAACAUUCUGCGCCUCCUUCCCUAAAUGUUGAUGCUCAUUCUCGUGUAUUUAAUAAUUGCUUAUUGGAUUCUGGCCUCAGUGACCUGAACUAUGGAGGCAACUUGUUCACUUGGUGGAAUAAACAAAAGAGCGCCCCUGUUGCUAAGAAGCUAGAUAGAAUCCUCGUCAAUGAUAGCUGGAGUGAUCUGUUUCCUAACUCUGUCGCAUUCUUCGACUCUCCUGAUUUUCCAGAUCAUGCCAGUAUGAAAGUGGUUCUAAAUUCGCAGUUGGUAUCUAAGAAGAGGCCUUUCAAGUUCUUCAAUUUUCUCCUGCAGAAUCCUACUUUCCUCUCAAUGUGGAAUGCUACCUCUCUGGUUCUCAUUCCCAAGAUUACCAAUGCUUCGAGGACUACUGACUUUAGACCAAUCUCCUGCCUCAACACUCUGUAUAAGGUCCUUUCUAAACUGUUGGCAGGCAGAUUAAAGACUAUCCUUCCUAGUGUUAUCUCUAAUGCUCAAUCUGCAUUCCUUCCGGGAAGAUUGCUGGCAGAAAACGUUCUUCUCGCUACGGACUUGGUAAAAGGCUACAAUUCUCAAGUCUCUGAACCUAGAGCAAUGCUCAAAGUUGACAUUCGCAAAGCUUUCGACACAGUUAGAUGGGAUUUCAUUAUUACAGCCCUUCGCGCGUUAUCUAUUCCGGAGAAAUUUGUCAUGUGGAUCAAGGAAUGUAUCACAACUCCCUCUUUCUCUGUUUCAGUUAACGGCGUUUCUGGAGGAUAUUUUAGGAGCACUAGGGGAGUGAGACAGGGUGAUCCCCUCUCUCCCUAUAUCUUUGUUCUAGCUAUGGAAGCUCUGUCCCGGCUACUUCACUCUAGAUUCCAAGCGGGUUGGAUCUCCUAUCACCCUAAAACUGACAGAGCUUCAGAUAUCUCAUCUCAUGACUCCGCUGCCAUCUCGAGGUUCGGAUUCUCUUCGGGUUCUCUACCCAUUAGGUAUCUCGGUCUUCCCCUCAUGUCCAGGAAACUAAAAAUAUCUGAAUAUGCUCCCCUUAUUGCCAAGAUCUUUGCUAGGUUUAAAAUGUGGGCUACUAGAACCCUCUCUUUUGCUGGCAGGCUUCAGCUUCUCUCCACUGUUAUUGCUGGCACUGUAAACUUCUGGAUCUCCUGUUUUAUCCUGCCUAAAGGUUGUAUCAAGCAAAUUGAAUCGCUUUGCAUUAGAUUUCUAUGGUCUGGGAAUAUAGAGCUCUGUAAAUCUGCAAAGGUUGCUUGGUCUACUGUUUGUCUGCCCAAGGAUGAAGGUGGUCUAGGUCUCCGAAACUUUAUGGUUUGGAAUCAGGUUAUGUGCCUCCGGUUCAUCUGGCUCCUUUUCUCCGACAAACCUUCUCUCUGGGCUGAUUGGCAUCGCUAUUACAGUUUAUCUCAGAAAUGUUUCUGGGCUGUUGAGGAAACUCAACACGACUCAUGGAUGUGGAAACGCCUGCUGAAGCUAAGACCUGUCGCCCUUCUUUUCUUGCGAGUUAAUCUGGGGAAUGGCUCUAAGAUUAAGUUUUGGUACGAUAUUUGGACCCCUCUAGGCCAACUUAUUGUUCACAUUGGAGAAAAUGGCCCGAGGAACACUAGAAUCCCCAUUAAUGCCAUUGUAAGCCAGGCUGCAAAUGCUACGGGCUGGUGUGUUGGAGGGCCUCACUCUCAGCGAGAACUUGAUCUGCACAUACAUCUCACAACCCUGUCUUUCCCAGCCACAUCUGUAAAUGAGGAUGAAUUUUUCUGGGAAGCAGAUGGUAUCUCUGAUGGGUCGUUCUCCGCUGCUCACACUUGGGAAGUUCUCAGGCCUCGAGAAACAAAGAAAUAG